CCCCUAUGUCAGCUGUGGGUUGCUUUGCUUCUCUCUCAUAUCUAUCUCUGGAUCUCUCUCUCUUUCUCUCUCGCUGUCGCUGGGCAUCCACUCGGCUACUGUCACUCCCCGACCGACUUAAACGGGGUCGUUCCGGCUAGGGUUUCCUUUCUCUAUCCAUUGAGGAGUCGACGCUGCGACUCUCUCUGCUGGGUUCGUCACCUGUCUCGAUCUUCCACCUCUGUUUCUUGGAUCUCGGCUUUCGGUUUGGUUUCGAUGGAAGCCCGCAAGAGGGGGAGACCUCAAGCUGGCUUGGUUGCUAAUGGCGGUCCCAAGAAGUCCAAACAUGAAACGGAGUCCUUUUCAACCGGUGUAGGAAGCAAAUUGAAGCCUUGCACCAAAUUUUUCAGCACUUCGGGGUGUCAAUUUGGCGAAGCUUGCCACUUUUCUCAUUAUGUUCCCGGCGGUUAUAAUGCGGUUGCCCAGAUGAUGAAUCUACCGCCAGCUGUCCCUCCGCCUUCCAGGGCCAUGCCAGGCCCACCACCUGUCCCAAAUGGUUCUUCUUCACCAGCAGUUAAGACACGGAUGUGCAACAAAUACAACACAGCUGAAGGCUGCAAGUUUGGUGACAAGUGCCACUUCGCUCAUGGCCACUGGGAACUCGGGAAACCUGUGGCGGCAUCCUUUGAUGAUCCCCGGGCCAUGGCACCAAUCCCACCCCGUUUUGGCAGCAGAAUGGAGCUGCUGCCACCCCCAUCGUUUGGGGGACCUGUCUCCAGCUUCGGGGCUUCAGCAACGGCUAAAAUCAGUGUGGAUGCUUCCCUUGCUGGGGCUAUCAUCGGGAAGGGUGGAGUCAACUCAAAGCAGAUCUGCCGCCAGACAGGGGCCAAACUCUCCAUCCGUGACCAUGAGUCUGACCCUUCCCUCAGGAACAUCGAACUCGAGGGCACGUUCGAGCAGAUCAAGGAAGCAAGUGCCCUCGUGAGGGAGCUGAUUGUAAAUGUCAGUGCAAUGUCCAGCCAUGCAAAGGGCCAUGGGUCACAGGGCGGGCCUGCACCUUCAGGGAGCAACUACAAGACUAAGCUGUGUGACAAUUUUGCCAAAGGAUCUUGUACCUUCGGGGAAAGGUGUAAUUUUGCCCAUGGUGCAGCAGAGUUACGAAGGUCAGCAGUCUGAGUCUUUCUUGUCUCAGAGAUCUCCGGUCAUUCCUGGGGAUUAGCUGAUACAUAGCGAGAGCUUCGGUUGUAAUCUAGUGAGGCAUUAGUGUGGUUUUAUUACAGUAUAAGCUCUGGGGAUCUCGGUGAGUUUCCUUGUCUAGCCGCACUCUGUUACUUGAACCUGCGGUGCGUGUUUUGAAACUGAGAAUAGGAACAGGAUUAGAGUUUUAAGUUUACUAGAGGCUCUGUUUGGUUUCAGAAUUGUAUUUUAGAAUCACAAUUCUAACUUAAUUCUACCCACUACAAAACAAAAUAACUCAUA